GCGUGAGACAGCAUACUCCUGCUGUUAUACCGGCCGCGCUCGUACCCUAUUCCAUUCUCGCACUUUUGCCUCGCCGUUCCACAGAGAAGCCGAGUCGCACCUUCAUACUAACAAUUUAUCCAAAAAUCAGUCGACAUUGCAGUUAAUUUUCCUCGGAAACCUGUAUUCAGAGCUUAGGAGCGGAGGACAGGUUGCCUGCUCGCGCGUUGCGCACCAUGGGUCAGCCACCUAGCAUGAGUCAGCCUAAUGCGUGCGCUCUUCUCGUCCUAGCACUGCUCGCCGCCGCUGCCGCCGCCAACGCCAAAGGCAUUCCCGUGACGUGUUCGUCGGUGCGCUGCCCCACCAACGCGCGCUGCGUGACGCACAAGAACGGCUCGCUCUCGUGCGAGUGCAGCAACGGCUACUUCAAAUCGGGCGACAAAUGCCUCUCCCCGUGUGCGGCGGUGCGGUGUGCGACGAACCGUGAGUGCGAGGCGGACGAUGGCGGUGCCACCACGUGUGCGUGCAAGCCGCCUUACUACGUCGUCGGCUCUGAAUGCAAAGACCUGUGUCUGAGCACCAAGUGUCCGGGCGGCAGCACGUGCAAGGUGGCGGGCGGCAAGGUGACGUGCGUGUGCCCCAAGGGGCAGGUGAUGAAGGGCAGCAAGUGCGUUAAGAAGAGCUCCGAUAAAAGCAACCCCUGUGCAGCAGCGCGCUGUGCGGCGCCCUCCAUGUGUGUGGCCACCAACGGCACGGCCGUGUGCUCCUGCCCUCCCCCGCUGGUCAAGCACAAGCACAAAUGCAUCGACCUGUGUGCGAAGGUGAAGUGCCCGACCAACGCGCUAUGCAAGGUGGCGGACUACCGCGGAACGUGCUUCUGCAAGGAGCCCUACGUCAUGCGCAAGGGCAAAUGCGUCAAGUCCUGAGCCACGCGCAUGCCAUGCCGGCCUCACCACAUGCACGUGCGCAUGCACAUUGCACUGACUCGUACAUGCAUGGGACACAUUUAUUCAUGAGCAUGCACCCAUACACGUGCAUGUGCAUGCCUGCAUGAUUAUUCACAUGUGCACAUGCACAUGCAGAGACUCUUGCACAUUAGGUGCUUGCACUGACACCGCGGGCUUAGUCCGGCAAACAACCACAUCGCAUUGCAAGCUCACCUAGAGAUGUGUCCCCUAGGUGCAGUGAUAGGACAAGCUAGUCAAAGCUCCAGUAGUUGAUUGAUUGACUCCCACAUUAUAGUAACAAACAGUGAAAUUGAUAAAUAGA